AUGGAGGGCGUGGUUGUUGGAGUGUUGUCGUUUCUGAUGCCCGAAGACUGUGUUACCAAAUACGUGAAGGAUAAUGAUUUUUUAAACGUUGAUUGCUUUAAAAUGCUCGUUAGUAAGUGUUUGGGCUAUGGAAUUGUUGCGGGCGCAACACUAGUAAAAUUACCUCAAAUUAUAAAAGUUUUGAAAACAGGUAGUGCCAAGGGACUCAGCAUACCGGCAGGACUUUUGGAACUCUUAUGUUAUACGGCAACAAGUUCUUAUUCCUUUUAUCGUAAAUUCCCUUUCAGUACUUAUGGGGAUGCAACAUUCCUGCUGGUACAAUCAGCAAUAAUUAGUUUUCUGACUAUCUCUUGGGAAAUAUCGUAUCUCUACGGGAUAACUUUUCUCAGCAGUUACGUUUGCUUUGUUGCAUACACUCUGUCGCCUGCGGUCGAACUCUCUUUGCUUACUUUAAUGCAGGCGGCAAAUACCCCGGUUAUUCUAUUUUCUCGAGGGCUACAAAUUUACGCAAAUUUUCGGAAUGGUAGCACUGGUCAACUCUCAGCGAUCUCCGUUUGGCUGAUGGCUGCUGGUUCGCUUGCUCGUAUUUUCACGUCGAUUCAAGAGACUGGUGAUAUGCUUGUCAUUUUGAACUUCGUUGUUAGUUCUUUUGUCAACAUCGUUCUCUCAGCUCAGAUCAUCUACUAUUGGAACUGUCCUCUUCCAGAAAAAAAAAUGGCAGAAAAUAAGAAGACUAUCUAG